AUGCGAUGUCCUAAUGGUGCCUUGCAAAAGCAAAAGAAAGCGUAUAAUGAAGAUGUUGGCUCAAACGGACCGACCAGUAUGAUUCCAUGGUUAGAUCAUCCGGAUUCAGGAGCAGUUAUAAAACCAGCUAGCAAAACACCACCGUAUUGCAUGUCCAGCAUGGGAAUAAUUUUCGAGACAUCGAAUGACGGCCAAAGUGGUAUCCUGGACUUGAGACCAUGCAAGAAACGGAUGCCGAAUGCAGUGGAGAAAAUGUCGACAACAGGUCCAAUGGGCUCGAACAUCCGAAAUCCAAGAAACGGUAGGCCGCAAGGUAUCAAUCCAGGUCCAUAUGAGAGAGGUGCCAAUCCAGAGGAGGUUCCAAAACCGGGUGGUUUGACUAUACCUGUGCUGCAAAGCCAUGUUUUAAGAAACCAGCCGGUGAGGCUUCCGGAAAUUUGGGUCCAGGCAGCAGGUACGAGGGAUGGUAUCCUAAGAUAA